AUGCGUUUGUCCCUGCUUACGUUUACCUGCAACCUUUAUCUGACUGCAGAUGCAUUCCAUCUCUAUGGUAACGGAGGUAGCUGGUCCGACGUUCAGCCCGAGGCCUGCAUCAAAGCCCUGACAGCCGAAAUGGAUUGCAACAAAUACGUCGCCUACUAUCGCUAUGGUUGGUUUCCAGUGCUCUUAGACGAUGAUGGCAAUGAAAUCACACAUGAUAUGUGCAUCAAGACCUGCUCCCGAUCACUGAAGACCUUUAAUACCGCAGUUCACCAGGAAUGCAACCUUGAAGAUCUGAUCGCCCCUGGUGAUAAUACCUGGCGAUCGUGGAACUUGACUUGCGACACGGAUGCUGAAACAGGAAAAUACUGCACUGAGAUCAUCGAUGAAUUUAUCCAUGAAUUAGGCCCUCACGGCAUCGUUCCUACCAAGGAUCUCUGUAGGCCUUGCCAUGUCAGACACAUUUUUAACUUGGAUCUCGACCUGCCGAAUUAUAGGUUUAGCGGCUUUGGCCCAGAGGAUAAGCGCUACUUCAAAGAUUUGCGUGCACGCGUUUACAUGGAAUGUCCCAAGGAUGCCCUGGCAGAGACCUUUACGCCAAUUUCCCAAGAAGGGGCAUCGAAUACAACGGAGUCUACGCAAGAGACCUCAACGAUGAGCGAUACAAGUUCAAUCACUGCGACCACUGCGGCAACAAGGAAUACAGUCACUGUAACAUCUUCUCCGCCAACUGCAAGUACGGCAACAGAACAUAACAAGGCUAAGAAGUUUCAGCCAGGAUAUAUGUUUAGUUAUUGGGCUCUGGUGCUUAUGUUCUUCUGA